AUGCAGCUGCCUUUCCACCGUCAGGAUCGUCAAGAGCUCUCACUGCAGGAGGGACAGCAGCCGACAAUUGUCCAGCAUCAGCAGCAAUUCCCAAAGCCAAGUCAACAUCCCCACCAGAGACAGCAGCAGCUAGACCGGCGGAAACAAGAGCAUUGCGGGGAGAGUAAUGCCCCGAGCAAGGGGUCAAGGGGUGGCAACUGUGGUUCGAAUUCGGCAAAUCCCGCGUUCAAGACGCCGCCUUGGGCCUACAGCCCUGUCUUGCAGCCGCCAGCAGCCGCAGGGCUUUCCCAAAGACGCCAUGUUCUAACAUUUGGUAGCAGGAGAAACACAGACGGUAAAUCAGUUGCAAAAAGUGCAGCGGAUCCACUAAAAGUGACGGUCCUUGGCGCUGGUCAAGAUGUCGGGCGCAGUGCGGUGUACGUACGACGAGGCGAGAGGGGGCUCCUCUUCGACUGCGGGAGCCACCUGGGCGCUAAGCAGGCCAGGAAGAUGCCAGUGUUGAACAUGCUGCUGCAGCUCGCCCCUCAACAGGAUGCAAAACAAGGGCCACAGACGAUGGAAGAGGCACUCCUGCAGCCUUCGCCGCUGUUUGCCUGUUGCGUGGACGCCGCGGUGAUCUCGCAUUUUCACAUGGAUCACUGCGGUUCCUUACCGUCAUUUACAGAGCGCCUCGGCUACCGGAAUCCUAUAGCAAUGACAUUUCCCACUCGCGCGCUGAGCCCGGUACUGCUUCUGGAUAGUGCCCGCAUCUUUAAGGAGGCCUCUUUCCGCGGGCGCCUGCACGAAGAUCCAGGUGAAGGCAACGAUAGGGAUAUUUGUGUGGGCGGCAGUACUACCAGCAGCGAAGGCAGAGCGGGUGGAGCACCAGGGGCGCCUCAGGAGCAAUGGAAUUACACCGAAGCUGAGGCACAGCGGUGCAUGAGACGCUGUAUGGCAUUGAGGCUUCACGAAUCCUGGAGGACUGGCGCGUGGACGGCCACCCCGUACUACGCCGGGCAUGUCUUAGGCGCUGCAAUGCUGCUUGCGCAGCUCCCGGGGGGUCAUUCGAUAGUUUACACAGGCGAUUUCAACACGUCGCCUGACAGGCAUCUAGGUAGCGCAUGCAUUCCAAGGCUCAGACCGGAUCUGCUGAUAAGCGAGUGCACUUAUGGCUCGUUCGGUAAAGUCCUGAUCCCCGUCUUCGCAGUAGGCAGGGCGCAAGAGUUGUGCAUGCUGCUGAAUUCCUACUGGCAGCGCAUGCAGUUGCAGUAUCCGAUCUACUUCGGCGGCGGCAUGACAGAGAAGGCCAACAAGUACUACAAACUGUAUGUGCAGUGGACUGGCAGUGACAUGGUUCACCGCUUAGAUGGAGCAAAUAACCAACAGAGCAACUUUGCUGAUCAUGUGGAAGAGGAUGAGCCCUCAGGCUCUGCACUUGGAUUUGGAGAGUUUGACUUUCAACAUAUCUCCACCCUGCCGCCGGAGGUGCUCACGUCACCCACGCCAAUGGUGCUUCUGGCAACCCCUGGGAUGCUGCAUGGCGGCUUGGCCUUGAAAGCGCUCAAGUUGUGGGCUGGAGGCCCGGAGAACCUCGUGCUGCUUCCAGGAUACUGCGUCCGGGGGACUAUUGGGGCCAUGCUAAUUGACGCGCAUGCGGAUACGACGGGGAUCCAGCAGCUUGCGCGACAUCUGCAGCCAAAAGCUGUGAUGCUGGUUCAUGGGGAGAAAGAGGGCAUGCUCAAGCUGGCUCGCGUUCUGCAGCGGGAACUCGGUGUUCCAGUUCACACUCCACCCACCGGCCAGACUGUGUCCGUCCCCGUAGACAGGGUCGAGCAUCGUGUGCCAGUCUAUAUCCAUGCUCGAUGCUUUCGCCGCUAUGCGGCAACACCACAUAAUGUGUCUCUGGCCGUCUCCGCGCGAACGGAAACGCUCUGGGAAUCCAACGACCCCACUCUGACUGCGUUGCUUCGGUCUCCGGCUGUUCGGCGUUACUUACCGCAGCCCUCAGCCAGCCCUUUGCCCCCCCCUUACUCAGCGAUCUCGCCCUAUUUCUUCCCCCCGUCCUCUCUCUUCUUUUUUAUUUCGAGCGUGGCUAGGAAGAGCUUACUAGAUAGCCCCAUCGAGGAACGAGCCCCUGCCGACGACGUAUUCCUAUUGGUGGACUUUGAGAACCUCGUUCUAGCGGCCAUAGGCGUUACGAUGAACGGCUGCGGAAGCAUCAAGCAUUACGCCAACUCAAAUAAGAUGUUAACUCCUGCAGACAGCUCAGGGCCCGCAAGUAUGGGUGAGAACGAGCUUGUGGGAGGUGCAGAAAUUGAGCUGAAGAGGAGGAACAAAACUGAGUUUCCACGAUCAGCAGUGAUAGGCAAGACGACUGGGGCGGGGGGAGUACUGCCUCGAUGCAUUCAGCUUGUUGCUCUUCGAUACCAGCACGAAGUUCAACUGGAGGCGUCUACAUUCCAACAGUUGCUUCAUUUGUUCUUGGACUACGUUGUACAGUGCCGGCAGGCGUAUGACCAACAACGUCUGCAGUGUGGGCUGGUGCCGGGCAAGGAGCAUCCUCCUGCACUUGAUACACCCGAAUUCUGCAACUUUGGAGAGCACCUGGGGCUGAAGGAACUUGAAGGCGGUGGAAUUCUCAUAGAAUUCCUGUCAUUGAUUGCGAUCCACGAUGGCCGCGACCGUCUACGCAUGCAGUGGUCAGAUGCGGACGAGCGGCGGCCUGGAGCUGUGUCUGUUUUUGUGGAAUAUUUCUCUAGCUUAGAAGGAAUAUGUGCAAAUGCCAGUGUCGAUGCACGGCCAUCACUGGCUGCUUAA